AUGACGUCCACAACACUUCUUCAGGCCCAAACCGAAAUUGAACUACUCAAGCGCAAGAUUGACAGGCUUGAAUCAGAGCUCCAGGAGAAACGAAAAGAUUCCAACCCUGGUCUAGCACUGCACUUGAGUCCGCUUUUGACCCCGGAAUCUCCUCAGUCGGGUCCCUCAUUAACUGCUAACGACCGUCACCGAAGCCCGCUGUGGUGUCCAGACGGCAUCCAUAUUCGCUCCGGACACUCCCCGAACGAGACGUGGUAUGGACCAUCUUCGCUCUUCCACUUCAUCGGGCGAAUCUCAAGUUGCCUAGGGCCGUCUUGUCCGCAGCCAGACACCCAGGACAAAAUUGUCAACUCAAACCCAGCCAGCUCAUUGCUCGAUGAAACAAGCAGUACGAUCCCGCCCACAAGUAGCCAUCGAGACUUGGACCAACAGAGGUGUGCUAGCAUAGCCCGCCCAGCCCUGGAUGGCGAAUUCCUAAGUCCUGUGCAUGAAGAGUACUUUCUUGAGCUCUACUGGCAUUCUUAUCAUGCAUCGGUGUUUCCAAUCCUCAAUGAGGCCGAAUUUAAACAAUACUACCGGUCCUUAUGGACAGAGCGUGGCAACAUGAGAAGGCCUUCACCUCUUGUCGACAUCGUAAUUGCCAUGUCAAUGCAGCUGGGCGUCUCGUCCGGGCUGCCCUUUGAGACGGCAGAUGGUUACGAGACAGUUGCCGGCCAAGCAUAUUACCUCCGUUGCCAGAGACUUCUCGCAUACGAGCUGGAGAGCCCAUCCGUCUCCACUCUCCAGUGCCAAAUACUUUGCAGCGUUUACCUAUGUUGUGCCACUUUCCACAAUAUGGCAGAUGGUGUGUGCGCGUCGGUGGUCCGGACAGCUUACAUGCUCGGCCUUCACUUAGAUCCCCCUAGUACUAUACCUCCGAAGGAGAGGGAGAUGCGGCGGCGCCUGGCGUGGGCGGUUUAUAUCUUGGAUAGCAAGCUCGGCAUGAAGCACGGUCGCCCCUUUCUCAUAUCCCAGUCGCAGUUCUCGACAAAGCUUCCGGGCCAUGCACUAGAGAUAGCCCUACAAGCCGGCUCCAGUUACGCUCCUCUAGGACACAACCUCACUUGGUUGAGCUUCCAUCAUGAACACGCCAAAUUAUUUCUUAUCGCCAGAGCUAUCUAUAGUACUAUUUUCCAAGCUCAGAACCCAUACGAUGAAUCCAUCACACUAGAUGAGCAAGAGGCGAUGAAAACCCGCGCCAUCGCUUUAGAAGCUAAUAUGAAGAAACUGGAAGAAUGGGCAGAUUUCGUCCCUGGUGCUCUGAAGACUAAGCGGACCAACAACACUCGCCCAUUUUCGACAGACACAUGUGCUCUAAACAUAGACCCUUUCGCACCUCUAUGGCUUCAGAGGCAACGUCUCCUACUUGAAUUGAUGUAUCACAACCUAUGUACGAACCUCUAUCGUCCUUUCCUCUCCUUCGACCCAGCCACAGCCUCUCACGCCGUAGAGCUAGCCUCGUCCAAGUGCGCCUCCCAUGCCAGCACGCUCACAAACAUCUUACAUCAGGUUCUGUCUUCCAAUUUCAUCUUGAAUGGCUGGCACGAGGCUUUCCAAUGGCAAUGGAACGCGUCCAUGACCCUCGUUGGCUUUGUGCUGGCGUACCCUCUCGCUCCCUCGGCAGCCGAUGCCAAGAGGAGUAUCGACCUCUCUCUAUCAGUCCUAGACCAAUUUGGAGAGAGCCUUGCAGUGGCAGCGAGGGCUGCCAAAGUUGUGCGCCAGCUCCUUGCCAAAAUUAAACCGGCAACCUUGGCAGUCUUUGGCGAGAGCAUCAACGACAACCCCGAUCAGUGUACCAGCAAUCAUAUAAGACUUGCCACGAAUGCGGGUCUUCGAAUCCAAGCUACGGGAACUACUCUCAAUAUGGCAUUCGAUGUUGAUCAAUGGGCCAUACCUGAAAUGUUCUGGCCGCUGCAUACCAAAGAAUUCGACUCCUAUCUAGACACCUGA